AUGGCGCCGCGCGCGCCCGCGAGAUCGCGAUCGCGAUCGUCCGCGCGCGCGAGGGCGUCGAGCGGCGGCGCGGACGACGCGGCGGCGCGGUACGGGUUGGCGAACGCGGAGCGCGGCGUCGCGCUGCGGUGGCUCCCGACGUUUUUGACGCUCCUGCGCGUCGCCGCGGUGCCGCUGCUCGCGGCGGUGUAUUACAGCGAUCUGGCGAACGCGGCGCCGAUCGCGGGGACGAUGUUCAUCGGCGCCGCGAUCACGGAUUGGUUGGACGGAUACCUGGCGAGACGGUUGAAGGCGAGCAGCGCGUUCGGCGCGUUUUUGGAUCCGGUGGCCGAUAAGCUCAUGGUCGCCGCGUCCCUGUGCCUGCUGUGCACGCACGCGCCGCGAGGCGUCGCGGCGUGGGCGGUGGCGGUGCCGUCGAUCGUCAUCAUCGGACGCGAGAUCACCAUGAGCGCGCUGCGAGAGUGGUGCGCGGCGAAGGGCGGCGAGGCGCACGCCGCCGUCAAGGUGAAUAAUCUCGGUAAAUACAAGACGGCGACGCAAAUGGUGGCGCUGAGCGUGUUAUUACUCGUCAGAGACGGGUCGGACUUCUUCGCGAACGGGGCGCACGAUGCUUUGUUGGUGCGAGGGGGCGUGUGGUGCCUCUGGAUCUCCGCCGCGUUGGCUUUGAUUUCGUUGUGGGUCUACAUGAGCGGCGUCAUCGGAAUCAUGCUCAAAUCCGAUGAUUAA